GCCGGUUGGCCGUCCAGGCCAGGAGUGCUUUCUCUGAUGGAGCAGUCGGGGCAGCGGCCGGGUCUCCCGUCCCUGUGCUGGCCCCGAGGCAGCCCCCAGUCCCCCCGGGCAAGAAGGCUCAUUGUGUGCUCAGCACUGUCUGAAUAAUUUGCUACAAGGGGAAUAUUUUAGUCCUGUUGAGUUAUCCUCUAUUGCACAGCAGUUGGAUGAGGAAGAAAGAAUGAGAAUGGCAGAGGGAGGAGUGUCUAGUGAAGAAUAUAGAACAUUUUUACAGCAGCCUUCUGUAAAUAUGGAUGAUAGUGGAUUCUUCUCAAUUCAAGUUAUAAGCAAUGCCUUGAAAGUUUGGGGUUUAGAACUAAUCCUCUUCAACAGCCCAGAGUAUCAGAGGCUUGGGAUCGACCCUAUAAAUGAAAAAUCAUUUAUUUGUAAUUAUAAGGAACACUGGUUUACAGUUCGAAAGUUAGGAAAACAGUGGUUUAACUUGAACUCUCUCUUGAUGGGUCCAGAACUAAUAUCAGAUACAUAUCUUGCACUUUUCUUGGCUCAAUUACAACAGGAAGGUUAUUCCAUAUUUGUAGUAAAAGGUGACCUGCCAGACUGUGAGGCUGAUCAGCUAUUGCAGAUGAUUCGGGUACAGCAGAUGCAGCGACCAAAACUCAUUGGAGAAGAGACAGCACAGUCAAGAGAUCAAAGGCUACCCAGAAGUGAUGUGGACCAAGCAAUAGAAGUUAACAAUCCUUUUGAUGGAACAGGCAUGUUAGAUGAAGACGAAGAGAAUUUUCAGAGAGCCCUGGCUCUAAGUAGGCAGGAAAUUGAUAUGGAAGAUGAAGAAGCCGAUCUUCGCAGAGCCAUUCAACUCAGCAUGCAAGGUAGUCGUCGAAGUGAGUUCUCAGACUCAUUACCACAGAAUGUUCCUCAGUCGCCUCACACCAGUCAGACAGACUCCCUUUCUUCAGAAGAACUGCGAAGGAGAAGACAAGCAUAUUUUGAAAAGCAGCAGCAACAGCUACAGCAGCAAGAUCGGACCCCGAACCUACAUAAGCCAACUCUAAGCUCAAGCACUCCAGAAGCUGACCCAGGAGGUGAUAUGAGUGAAGAAGACAUGCUUCAAGCAGCCAUGAAUAUGUCUCUGGAAUCUGUUAGAAACCACUUGAAUACAGAAGAGGAAAAAUGACAUAACUUUUUUUUUUUCCCUCUUAUUGGCAAAACACUAAGUCUCCAUUAUAAUUUUACUGUGUGGAUGUUGCACAAGCAGGGUUCAUUUCAGAGUUCUGGAAGCAGGAAUGAAAGAGUGGCUGGAGGUAAGAGUUUAGAGGGAAUCUGCAAAUACAAAAAAAAUUGCACUAAUUUAGAAAACUGUAGCACUCCUACUACAGAACAUCUGUUCACAAGAGUAGCUGUAUUAAAAUUACUUAAACUAUUCACAUGAACAAAGUUAGACACAAGUAGCAGCUGUAACUUGCAUUUAAAAAGCAAGUUUAAAUUGUUUUGAAGAAUUCUAUAGAAAAUACAAAAGGUGCCAAAAACCAGCAUCAACUGAAUUCCUUCAGUACUAAUGGAAAAAUAGAUACAAGUAAUACAUUGUGCUCAUAAAUGGCUAAGUUCUUUAUAAAAUCACUUAAAAUGGGCAAAAGAAUUAAAUUCUGUUUAUCUUAGAUAAUUUAUUUUGUGAUUGUUUAUUCUGAAUGACUUAAUGUCAACUUUUCAAUCCUGCUGUCCACUUUUGAAAUGACCCAUUCUGCAGGAGAAACAUGAAUCCAUAAAUUUCAUACUUUGCAAUUCAAGAGAAAAUCUUCAGUGUAUUGUUGAUUAUGAUGUUACUCCUGAAUCUUUCGGUGACUUCUGACCUUCUAACACUUUCUGGUUCUACUUUCAGUUCCAACUGUAAAAUUUUCAGAUCCAUGUUUAGAGUAGGAUUUUGGCAUCGCCCUAUUGUCUUUUGGCAGAUAACUUGCCGCCUUUGGUUUGGUUGUUUAAUUUGGUUUUGUUUUCUUAUGCUCUUUCUAGUUAUGCCACUGUCUUUACUAUAAAAGUAGCAUAUAAUCAGUUGGGUUAAACAGGUUUUCUUUUCUACCUCUUCUGGAGUCUUUUUUCCUCUUCAAGCUCAACCCUUCAUUCUGGCCUUUCAGUAUGAAAGAGCUGUAACUGAGUCUAGGAGAAAGGAGGAGGGGAUUUAGGUGCCAUAAAGUCAGUGCCACACAUCUAAGGUGCAUUCCUGCAGUCUGAAAUGACCCCUGUGCAAGUAGCUUUUUUAAGAAUGAAUAUUUAUGUCUGUGUGGAUGUUCUUUCUGAAAUGCUUUUUAUGAGUGUCUGUCAGAAUGUUGCAGCUUUUUCAGGAAUGGCCUUUAUUCACGCACCUUACAAUUUUUAUCAUGCUGUUUCUGAUCCUGAGAAAAAUUGGGGAGUAAAGUGUGUGAGAUAGCUUAUGCUAUUGGUUGUAGACAUUUGCUUUGAUAUCCAGGAUGAAUGUGUAACAGGGUGACCAAACCUGACUUUCAACUUCAGUGCAACAAUUGAGAUAUGUUUCAUUUUCCUAAAUGGUGCUUGAAAUACAAAUUCUGUUUACAUAUAAAUUAUAUGGAAAUAUGUUGUAGAUAGAGUAUGUAAGCUGUAGUCCACUUAAUGCAUUAACAGUUAGCACAGGCAUUCUGAGAAUCUUUUGAAGAUAACCCUAAAUUUCUUUAUCAAAAUAUUCUAAAGUUAUAUCAUUGCACAAUAGUAACAUUUAAUUAAAAUUAGUAUGAAAUGAAUGGUAGCUAGAUGGAAAUAUACAUUCAGCAUCAAGUAGUACUGUACAUGAAAGGGCUCUUACCUCUCAGUAAAGAUUUGUUUACAGCAAUGGUUUCUUGAUAGCUUAGGAUAUUAUUAUAUUAUACACAAUUGGGCUAAAUUCUGUUUCCUUACCUGUGUGCUGAAUUUCCACCAAUGUCACCAGAACCCCUGCUAUGUGUAAGACAAUAUGGAUUUUGACAUGAGACAGCAGUACUUUUUAAAAACUGAUUUUAAAUUUUGUCUUUUUUAAGUAAUCCUGUCAUGCACAUUAUAAUUAAUAUCUGUAAAGUCUCAAAUUAAUACAGCUAAACAAUGGCUUUAAAAGUCUAUGUGUGCAUAUGCCAUUUUGAAAUGCUGUAUUUUUCGGGAUGUAAAUUUCUGCUUUCAGUUUAAAAUCUAUAUGAAACUGAAAACAGGAAAGGAAUCUCUAAAGCACUGAAUUAUUUCUUUGCUCAUCUGUAAAUUAUCCACAGCUUUAAUUUCCCUUCUUUUGUUGUGCCAUAAACUGAUUCUGAAAUAAGACUCUCUUUUAUAAAUAGGUAUAGGCUGGCAAUUUGAUACCAGUACUUGGAACUUGGACCUUUUAUCCUCUAUUGUAAGAAUAUAAUAAAAAUGUAUUAUUUCUAUAGCUAUAUAGUGUAGCAGCCCUAUAUUUAAAAAAAAAAAAAUCUAAGCCCCUUGAAUUGCAUUAACUGUAACUUGUGACAAUUACAUGUUUUUAUAAUCACUAAAGCAUGGAGGUUUGCAUUUGAACUUUCAUGUCACUUUGUAAGUUACUUAAUCACCCAAGUGUUUUAAUAUGUAAGGAAUAUAAAGUAACAGUGCCUGAAAAGCACAACUGUGUCACUCAUUACAGGGCUAACCAUAUUCCUUUCUGUGUAGAAACAUUGUCACUCUACAAAUACCAAUUUGAUUUUCAGAGGAAUGUCAAGUGUAAUGAAGUAGGUGUAUCGCCUAGUCAAGGAGUUAAGAGGUAGCAACGUAAGCUACAUAUGUUAAUUGCACCAAAGGAAAAGACUAAUACUAAUUGCUGACAGUACAUAUUUUAUAACCCAGACCUAAAGAUCAAAAUGUGUGGACCUGCCAAGAAGCUGUCAAUAAAAAGCUGAUCUCAUUUUUUCGUGUGCAUUCUUUCAGUGGUAAACAGUUCUCAACGUGGCUGAACUAUGCUCAUAAGGCAUUUACUAAUUUAGAGCCUGUUCCUAGUGUUAUCUGUUCUGUCAAGCUGAAGGUUUUUUCCCACGUUGUAGCUCUAGGCCAAAGUCCAUUGUAAAGGAGCAGAAAUUGAUUUUUUUUUUUAUUACAGUAUGAUGUUUGAGGGAAUUUCAGACUUCAUUUAUCCAACAGAUUUUUACCGUCUUCCUCACAGUGAGCGGUCCAUGUGACGUAAUUUGUGUUUUUCUGCCUAUAGAAAUCAAAGGGGUAGGGGGAAUGAGUGAUACAUUAAAUAUCUUCCAAAAUUAGUUCUGUAAGUACAAUUCUGUAAACUGCUUUCAUGGUCUUGUAAUGAGGGCAGGAGGAAAAAGUGUUGUAAUGCAGUCAUGCUUGAAUGCAAUUCUUGUUACACACAGCAGGUAUAAAUAUGAGCUAUUUAAAUGCUCACAUUUUUCUGGGCUUGAUACUAAUCUGAUAUAAUACUGGCUUACUCUCCAAUAUUUGGGCUCUUUGUGCCCUUCAAACAACUUCAGCAAUUUUAAAUGUAAUUUUCAGCUAAGGUACUCUUAUUAUUUUUCAUACUUAAUUACUUUGCAGACUACUUAAAAAUAACCAAUACAAAGUUAAAUCUCCAAUGUGUUUUAAUGUUGGACUAUUGCGUCUAUUACAAAUCUAUAAAAUGGUGGGGAGUUUAAAAUGGCUUCUGCAUGUCUAGUAUACAAUUCUAUUUCUGUAUCUCAGCCAAAUAUUGUCAUUUGCAGGCUGUUUUAUUACAAAACUGACAAUUAGGCUUUUAAAAAUGAACAGGAGUGUGUUACAGUUCUAAAAUGUCUGUGAAAUUUUCUAGAAUUUAGUUUUUGUUUCAAGUAAUGAUGAAAACAUACAAAUGGUGGCCCUUUUACUGAGAAAUAUUAUGGGGAAUGGGACUGGAGAAUUCUAGACCUCAGACUUACAAAGAAGUAUUAUUGUACAAUUCAUGUUACCAGCACAUACUUUUAAAGGAAUCAAAAAAAAGAAUCCAAGGAAAAGAAAAAUUAAAGUGGAAACUGGUUUUUUUAAGGGCUUAGAUACAAAAUUAUGUUGUUCACUUGGUAAGCCAUUACUGUAUUGCAUAAAACAAACUUAACUCCUGGGAAAUCUUCAUAUUUACAAAUAAUUUAAAAAAGAAAAAACGUCUAACAGGUAAUACAUAUAUACCCAUUCCCUCACAUACACAUAAUCAGUUGUUCAAGUAAGAACAGUACUUAAUACAUUUGAACUGGCCCAGUCCAAAUAUUCAAUUCUUUAGUUUCAAAUUAGUAGUUUCUUUGUGUUGUAUCCAGGUGCACAUCUUAAAAGCAUGAGCUGUUUUGCAGUAAACUUUUGUAACCUGCAUACAGACAUUUUGCCUUAUUUGCAUUUCAGACAUGGAGGGAAUGCUUUAGUAUUUAACCUGCCAUAGUCACCUACUUGCCCAAUUACAGUUCUUCAGAAUGUUAAAGUACAUGUGACUUUUCAACUGCUUCAAAUGCUUUUACCAAAGCAAAUAAUUGUUACUACACUUAGGAAUUUUGUUUUUUUUUUUUUAAUCCCCCUCACCCCCCAGUAUAGCCACUGUGUGAAUUCAGGAGGGGAAACUUAGAAAAGGGUUUGAACAGAAAGGGAUGUAAUAUUUAAAUGCCACUGUGCAAAAAAGAAGAAAAACCUUGAUAUUGUCUUUAAAGCAUGGAAGCAUUGAUAAAAUUUUAUUUUUUGCUACAUGAAACCCCAUGUGUACAAAACAGUGUAGAGUUAGGAAUUUGUAAGGGAAUAAUUUUUUUCAUCUCUUGCCUAAUAGUUGUGUAUUUUAGAAAUCAUUUUCAGUAAUAGAUUUUUUGUCUUGAGACUCUGCUUUCAGUAUCAUGUCUUUGGCUCUGGAUUCCUAUACAAUUUUUGUCUCUAUUUUGUGUAUAUAAAGCAUAUAAUACUGAAAAGAUUAAAAAAAGGAAAGCUGAAAUGCGUUGUCAUUGUUUUCACUGGAAAAUGGCAGUGCUGUUUGAUAUUUUGAAAAUGCUAUCCAAAUAGGCACAAAUAUAUAUGGUUGUAUUUGAUAUCACUUUUUUAAAUAAAUAUGAUUAUAGCUUCUAAUGUUUCUCUCUUGACCCAAGUAAUUGCAUAUGUGCUUUCCCUUAUGUGUGGAUUGGGCACAGAAUCAUCAAACAUUAAAAUCUUAUCUUUGGUAUCAAUGGGCUUUGCACCAGAUGUUGUGU